ACCUACAGCUGUGAUGAGUGUGGAAAGUCUUUUACCUGGGCUGGAUACUUAAAAAGACACCAAGUCAUCCACAGUGGAGUUAAACCUUACAGCUGUGACUUGUGUGGAAAGUCUUUUACCCAGGCUGGACACCUAAAAACACACCAAGUCAUCCACAGUGGAGUUAAACCUUACAGCUGUGACUUGUGUGGAAAGUCUUUUACCCUGGCUGGAAGCCUAAAAACACACCAACUCAUCCACAGUGGAGUUAAACCUUACAGCUGUGACUUGUGUGGAAAGUCUUUUACCCUGGCUGGAAGCCUAAAAACACACCAACUCAUCCACAGUGGAUUUAAACCUUACAGCUGUGACUUGUGUGGAAAGUCUUUUACCCUGGCUGGAAACCUAAAAACACACCAACUCAUCCACAGUGGAGUUAAACCUUACAGCUGUGACUUGUGUGGAAAGUCUUUUACCGAGGCUGGAAGCUUGAAAAAACACCAACUCAUCCACAGUGGAGUUAAACCUUACAGCUGUGACUUGUGUGCAAAGUCUUUUACCGAGGCUCGAGACUUGAAAAAACACCAAGUCAUCCACAACUUGAAAAAACACCAACUCAUCCACAGUGGAUUUAAACCUUACAGCUGUGACUCGUGUGGAAAGUCUUUUACCGUGGCUGGACACUUGAAAAAACACCAACUCAUCCACAGUGGAGUUCAACCUUACAGCUGUAACUUGUGUGGAAAGUCUUUUACCCAGGCUGGAACCUUAAAAAAACACCAACUCAUCCACAGUGGAUUUAAACCUUACAGCUGUGACUUGUGUGGAAAGUCUUUUACCCUGGCUGGACACUUGAAAAAACACCAACUCAUCCACAGUGGAUUUAAACCUUACAGCUGUGACUUGUGUGGAAAGUCUUUUACCCAGUCUGGAGACUUGAAAAAACACCAACUCAUCCACAGUGGAGUUAAACCUUACAGCUGUGACUUGUGUGGAAAGUCUUUUACCCAGGCUGGACACUUGAAAAAACACCAACUCAUCCACAGUGGAUUUAAACCUUACAGCUGUGACUUGUGUGGAAAGUCUUUUACCCAGUCUGGAACCUUAAAAAAACACCAACUCAUCCACAGUGGAGUUAAACCUUACAGCUGUAACUUGUGUGGAAAGUCUUUUACCCAGGCUGGAACCUUAAAAAAACACCAACUCAUCCACAGUGGACUUAAAGCACACAACUGUGAGUUGUGUGGUAAGGCUUUUGCUCUAAAUAGCGACUUACACAGGCAUCUAGUUUCCCACUCUGGAAUUAAGGCGUAGAGCUGCGUUUUUUUUGGAAAAGGUUUCAGUGACAAACGGUAUCGAAAUAUUCACCUACGGAUUCACACUGGAAUUGAUGUUUCCUGCUGUGAUCAGUGUGGGAAACUGUUUGCAACAGAUGCACAGUUACAACAACACACUGAGGAGAGACCUUAUAAAUGUGACCUGUGUGAGAAGACUUUUAAAGCUCCAAAUCAGCUGAAAAAACACCAACAGAUCCACUCCAGUAAGUAACUCUACAAGUGCAGUUACUGUGAGGAUGUAUUGAUUUUUUAUCUUGUAAUUUUAACCUGAUUGUUUGGAAAAAGUCUGAUCAGUAAACUUAUGGAGUUAUACUGAAUGAACUGUUUGGAAAAAUGAAGAAUUAACCUGAGUUUUAUAGUGUAAACAGUAAAAUGUAAUUGGACGUUGGCAGAGAUGCUUUUUAUUUCAGGCGACGUUCAGCAUAAAAACAUUGAAGGAAUUCCCUGACAUACAAUGUCAGGAGUGGAGCGAAGCACACUGAUCCAUUUCUCAACCCUGUCGUCACUGUGGUGGUGGGAAAGCGUUUCUCUUUAACCUUUGUGGAAAAACCUCCAAUCACGAACGGGACCUAAAACCACAUCAACGUAGCCACACUGGAGACAAAAUGAACUACUGCAAAGAAUGUGGGAGAGGCUUCCACACACCAAGUACAUUAAAAAUACA